AUGAACGGCAAAGGGCCGUUCCCAGCCCAGCCCCUGUUCCCGGCCCCCCCCGGGUACCCCCCAGCUCUGCCCCUGCUGCAGCCGCCGCCCUGCCCUGAGCCCGCCUACCCUGAGCUCUACCGCCUCAGCUUUGUCCCCCUGGGCGCCGCUGGUGUCCCUCCCGUGUCCCCAGCGUGCCCGGGUGCGUCCCUGUACCUGCCCCUGGCCCCGCCCCUGCCCCUGGGCUCCCCCGUGGCCUUCCUGCCCCUGGGCCAGGUGUACCCGGCAGGACCCGCCCUGCUGCUGGAGGGGGGCGUGGGCAGCACGGCCAGGCUGGGCACAGGUGGCACCGCCGGCAUCCAGGUGAGUGCAGGUGGAUCUGUCGGGUUUGGGACAGGUGGGAAGGAUUAGGGCAGGUGGGAGGGUUUGGGACAGGUGGGACUGCCAGGAUCCAGGUGAGUGCAGGUGGAUCUGUGGGGUUUGGGGAUUUGGGUGGGGAGGGACCAGAAGAUCGCCUGGCCCUGGCCAAGGUGAGUCCCAGCCCUCCAGGUGGCUUUGGGCACUUCCAGGUGGGGUUUGGGAUCACGGGUGGCCCUGGGGGGAGCAGGGCAAGGGGGGCCUUGGGCUGCUGACCUCACCUGA